AGAACACUUUUCUUAAUGGCGAACAGCACUUUUCGUGAAGAUGAUGACGAUUUUUACGGCGGUUUUGAUUCGUAUGAUAAAGCAUAUGAUAUUCAGAACAUAACUCAAAAUCCACAAUUUCAACAAGCCGUUGCUAGGUCGAGCCAUGGAAGGCGUCCGACUGCAUCUCAAAUGGGAUUCCGAGAUGCUUCCUCCUCUUAUGGAAAACCGCCGGGAACGAUGAUGGGAAAUCAAAGUCGAAUGGGCGGUCGAACAGCCAUGGCUAACAACAAUGAACCUGCGAGACCGAUGACCGCUGUCCGCGGAGCCGGAUAUACAUCCUUUGCAAAUAAAGUUCAAGCCGCAGAAAGACCACUAAGUACCGAGAACUCGGGUGAAAAUGGUGAAGAAAAAUGUCGGCAGAUGGAAAACAAAGUAAUGGAAAUGCUCCGAGAAAGUAUGCUGGCUAGUGAGAAGAAAAAGUUCAAAGAAGCGCUGGAUAAAGCGAAGGAAGCUGGGCGACGUGAAAGAGCAGUUGUGAAGCACAGGGAGCAACAGGGAUUGGUAGAGAUGAUGAAUUUGGAUCUAACUUUCACCGUGUUGUUCAACUUGGCUCAGCAAUAUGAAGCGAAUGAUAUGACUAAUGAAGCGCUAAACACUUAUGAAAUCAUUGUAAGGAACAAAAUGUUCCCAAAUUCUGGGAGACUAAAGGUUAAUAUUGGAAAUAUUCAUUUCCGCAAACGUGAAUUCACAAAAGCUUUGAAAUACUACAGGAUGGCUUUAGAUCAAGUUCCGAGUAUUCAAAAAGAUACAAGAAUUAAAAUUCUCAACAAUAUUGGUGUAACUUUUGUCAGAAUGGGAAGUUAUGACGAUGCCAUAAGCACUUUUGAUCAUUGUGUGGAAGAAAAUCCGAAUUUUAUUACAGCCCUCAACUUGAUAUUGGUAGCAUUUUGCAUACAAGACGCAGAAAAAAUGAGAGAAGCAUUUGUGAAAAUGAUUGAUAUUCCUGGGUUUCCGGAUGAUGACUACAUGAAAGAGAAAGAUGAUGAUGAUGUUUUGUUGAAUCAGACCUUGAACUCGGAUAUGCUGAAAAACUGGGAGAAACGGAACAAGUCGGAUGCUGAAAAAGCAAUCAUUACUGCAGUGAAGAUUAUUAGCCCGGUUAUUGCUCCUGACUACGCUAUCGGCUAUGAAUGGUGCCUUGAAUCUCUCAAGCAGUCUGUACACGCACCAUUGGCAAUUGAACUUGAAAUGACAAAAGCUGGUGAGCUGAUGAAAAACGGAGAUAUUGAGGGAGCAAUCGAAGUGCUGAAAGUUUUUAAUUCGCAAGAUUCCAAAACAGCCAGUGCGGCUGCAAACAAUCUUUGUAUGCUGAGAUUUUUGCAAGGAGGACGCCGUCUAGUAGAUGCACAGCAAUAUGCUGACCAGGCACUUUCAAUUGACCGCUAUAAUGCGCAUGCUCAAGUCAACCAAGGCAACAUUGCGUACAUGAACGGCGAUUUGGACAAAGCUUUGAAUAAUUAUCGAGAGGCGUUGAACAAUGACGCUAGUUGUGUUCAAGCAUUGUUCAAUAUUGGACUAACUGCAAAAGCGCAAGGCAACCUGGAGCAGGCACUUGAAUUUUUCUACAAACUUCAUGGAAUCCUUCUGAAUAAUGUACAAGUGCUAGUGCAAUUGGCUUCUAUAUACGAGUCAUUGGAAGAUUCUGCACAAGCAAUCGAGCUGUAUAGUCAGGCAAACAGUUUGGUUCCAAAUGACCCUGCAAUCCUUUCCAAGCUGGCGGAUUUGUAUGAUCAAGAAGGUGACAAGUCUCAAGCAUUCCAAUGUCAUUAUGACAGCUAUCGAUAUUUUCCAUCAAACCUGGAAACCGUUGAAUGGCUGGCUUCUUAUUAUUUAGAAACUCAGUUUUCUGAGAAAUCCAUCAACUACUUGGAGAAGGCUGCCCUGAUGCAGCCAAACGUUUCAAAAUGGCAAAUGAUGAUAGCCAGUUGCCUACGACGGACAGGCAAUUACCAAAGAGCUUUCGAGCUUUAUCGUCAGAUUCAUCGCAAGUUCCCUCAAGACCUCGACUGCCUCAAAUUCUUGGUUCGAAUUGCCGGUGAUCUUGGAAUGACGGAAUACAAGGAGUACAAGGAUAAACUGGAAAAGGCUGAAAAAAUCAAUCAACUCCGUCUACAACGGGAAAGUGAUUCAAGCCAAGGAAAACGUCACUCUGCAAAUUCAACGCAUUCCCUUCCCCCAUCCGGCCUGACCGGUUUGGGAUCGGGGUCAGGUGGUUCGAGUGGUGGUGGCACCCGUCAAUACAGUGCACAUGUUCCUCUUUUGCUGGAUAGUGGCACCCCGUUCACGGUGGCCCAACGAGAUAUGAAAGCUGAAGAUUUCUCCUAUGAUGAUCCUGUUGCAAUAUCCAGCCGCCCAAAAACAGGCACGCGCAAAACUACAACAGACACCAACAUUGAUGAUUUUGGAGACUUUGAUGACAGCCUUUUGCCAGAUUGAUAAUUUAAUUAAAAUAAAUUUGUCUGAUAAUAAUCAUAUUUUAACAACCAUUUAUCACAUUUAUUGUGAAAAGCAAUAAAGACAAAGACAAGUAUAACAAUUUUGUUGAAUAAACAUUGUAAACGAA